AUGAGCGUCCAAUCCAAGCUUCUCGUGCGGCCGCCUCGCACCGCCGGCGGCUCAUUGGUAGGCUUCUUCUCUGUUACUGGUACACCCACACCCGCGCCCAGGUCAGGCCCGCCGCCAACACUACUAUCCGCGGACAACACCAUCCCGACGUCAAACCUGGUGGAAAUUGAGGGCAAGAAGCCCGGAAGCCCACCCGGGCGCGUCAACCACUUACGUGACAUGACAGAUCGCGUCUCGACCCCCAAGUUCACCGGCGCCUUCGAUCAGCUCAUGAUUCAGCGCACGCGUUCGGAUGGCAGGUUCGGACGCACGCGCAGCUGCGCGUGGUCCCGCUUAUCCCCACCCAUCUGGCAUGAUCUGAAUCUUUUCAAGGCGUGCGGCGGCGUGCCUUUCCGAUAUGAUCUGAAUCACGAUCGUGUGGGCGAUAGAGGGCGAUCGUCUCGUUGUGUGAUGUAAGAUGCAAGUCUUUAAAGUGGCGCUGACGCAAGGGAAUGGGGACUGCACCGGAAGGCUUGGGGGAGGUGGUGGCCAAUGAGGAGCUGGGGAGUGGAGGUUGGUGUUCGUUCUAACGACCGAGGGGGUCUGUGUUCUGAAUCAUAUUAUGCAUGUUCUUGUGCUGUAAUAGUGAGCGGGUUCUAGAAAAGCGGGCGGAUGACGGCUUUGGAAUUUCUGCUGCUUAUGUAUGUAUGUUGGACCAAGUAUAGCUCGGUGCCGUAUUCCGGGGAGCGAGGAACGGUUCUGUGGGUUCUUAUGUUCUAAAAGGUUAUACUCCAGUGAGCGAAGGUCGGGCGCUCCGUCUCGUGUAUUGCAUAUACUGUAUGUGCCUCUCAGCGCCGUGUACGCGCGUUUUCCCGUAAAGGCGGUUGUUCUGCCCGUUCCUUUGCUUGUUCCUCGCGUGCGCUCCGUGCUGCUUCAUCACAUGUCAG